CAGAGGGCGCUCCGUGCCCCCCCGGGCUCCCCUCCCUCACUCCUCUAAAGCCAGUGUCCCUAGUAGGUGAUUUGUAAAUGUGGCGGGACGUCCUGAGCGCUGCCCUGUGAAAAAGAUCUCUGCCGAUCACUUGAACGCCGGCAGAGACGUGCUGAACACUCAGCCAGACAGAUAUAGCACCAGCUGGAGAAACAGUGUCCCAAACACUCUGCGUGUUACUCUCCUUCUACCACCGCUCAGUCAAACACCUUCUGGAUAUUUGGUGAAGCGCCACAAGGAGUCAAUAGAGCAAAUAGAGUCAAAAUGGAGAUUUCGAUUGAAGACGAUGGUAGCAAUAAACCGGAAAACUUUGCGUACAGGGGCGCUCACCAGGCGUUCAAGGAUCGCUGGAAACAGGCAGAUGACAGCAUGUGUCGCCACAGCAUGUCCUUCCACUUGUUUCAUACAGUGAGGAGUGAGUUCUUUGCCAGCUACCUGUACCUGGUGCAGAUGAUUCCUCUGGUGAAGCUGUUUCCCAUCACCUGUGAAUACAUCAAAGGAGAGAAACAGUUCUACUACCGGGCUCAGCAGUUCUACGAGGACGUCCCCGCCUCGGAGGAAGGCAUGAUGGGAGAUUUUGUGGAUAUAUCCAACGUUGAUCUGGAGGGCUCCCGCGAGUUUCUGAACAGGUUUGUGGGUCCCGGUAAGGCCGACACACACUGCGCUCUGGACUGCGGCUGCGGGAUCGGCCGUGUGACCAAAGGUGUCCUCCUCCCUGUGUUUGAGAAAAUGGAGAUGGCGGACAUGGUUGAGAACUUCCUGCUCCACGCGCACGAGGAGUACCUGGGCGAUGACGCCGACCGCAUCGAGACCUACUACUGCUACAACCUGCAAGAAUUAACGCCUCCGCUGAACAAGUACGACGUCAUCUGGAUGCAGUGGGUGGCGUGCCACUUAACAGACAAGGACCUGAUGAACUUCCUGAAGCGCUGUAAGAAGAGCCUUCGUCCAAACGGCGUCAUCAUAAUAAAGGACAAUAUGGCGCGGCAGGGCUGCAAGCUGGACCCCAUCGACAGUAGCAUCAGCCGCCACCUGGACAUCAUGAAGCACAUCAUCGCCAAAGCCGGCCUGGAGGUCCUGGAUGUUGAGAAGCAGGAAGGCUUCCCUGAGGUCAUCAUGCCUGUCUGGAUGAUUGCUAUGAAAUAGUCGGGACAUUUUUACUGUAAAAAGCAGAUUGUUCUUUGCUCCAUUUGGCAAAUACUACGAGGAAAUUCCACCCUAAAGCUGAAUUCACAUGUUAUUCCACUUUAGUUUAAGUUUAGAUUUGUGAUCAAGCCUCUGAAGACUAUAACAACACAGCAGGAAACUUUCACGAUGUCAUCAAGAGAUAAAUCCUGAAACAACAGCGUGGACAGCCUGAUGGCACCCGGGGCGAUUUUAUGGAGACAGGAGCAUUUUUUCUGCUCAGUGCUGAAAUGAAAUAAAGCUUUUACCGGGACAUUAAACUUCUACAGAGCUACUCUGUGCGUCCACAAAUGCAGACUGUAAUAUAUCGUCAGCCGACCACCUCCAGGUUUUGUAUCAUGAUGACAUCAAAGAUUAGAGCCUCAGUUCUCUGAGGGAGAAGAUCGUUCCUGUCUGAACCGUGAGGAUCAUUGGAAUAACAUGUGAAUUCAGAUUUACUGCUGAGUUUCUCCUUUGAGUGAAUGAUUUGUAUUUAGUUUUGACUAAAUCCAACAUGUUAAAUCACAAGUGCAACAUAUCAACAACUAUAAUGUAUCAUGUUACAUUUGUUUUAAAAACUCUACAACUUUAUG